GCAGCUCUGUGUCCUUCUCCAGAGCAUCCACAGUGUGCUCACACCCUGCUUUGGGGUCCCCUCCCAUGGGAAUGUGUCAGCCUUGCUGCCUCUAAGGUUUCCUGUGUGCCUCAGUUCACGUGUAAAUAAUGGGGUCUGCAGAAAUGUCCCUGGAUUUGUUCUGUCUAAAUCCAUGGGUUUUAAUCUGCAGGCCCCAUCCUGGCUCUGCUUCUGGAGGAGCUGUGAAACAAAAACCACUGGAUUGUCACUGGGCAUAACUUUGCUUGCCAGGUGCUGUGUGUUAUUUGUGGUGUUUUUAAGUGCAGCAGACUGAAGGAUGUGGGAUGCUGAGCAGAGCUGUGCCUGCGCUGGGCUCGGUCCCAGCAGUGACUGGGCCUUGGCAGGCCUCUCUCUCAUGUUUGCACAUACAAAUGAAACCUGGCAUUCAAAGUGGCCCAGCCUGGACUGGGCUUUAUGAAUCAGCAGUGGGGGAGACUGAAAUGUUCAUGUGAAGCCUUCGAAAUUGUAGUGCGGCAUGCAAGAAACUUCACCAACAGCAUGUUCAGGACCUACUACCAGAGCAUGGGGCCCAAGGCUCUUAAAUUUGUUGGAGAACUUUUUACUGAUAUCUCCCUGUACAUACUGGGUUCUGACAUCAGUGUCAAUGACAUGAUAAAUGAAUUUUUUGACAGUUUAUUCCCUUUGGUUUACUCUCAUUUGAUUAAUCCUGGCUCCCCCGAUCCGUCUGUGGAAAUGACCGAGUGUCUGCGGGCGGCCAGGAGAGACCUCAAAGUCUUUGGGAGCUACCCAAAGACCAUGAUGACACAGGUGUCCAAGUCCCUGCAGGCCACACGAGUCUUUCUGCAGGCUCUGAACCUGGGCAUCGAGGUGAUAAACACUACUGACCACCUGAAAUUCAGCAAGGACUGCGGGCGGGCGCUGCUGAGGAUGUGGUACUGCUCCCACUGCCAGGGGCUGCUGCUGGCCAAGCCCUGUGCCAGCUACUGUGGGGCCGUGAUGCAGGGGUGCCUGGCGGGCGUCCUGGAGAUCCACCACCUCUGGAAGGAGUACAUUGGGUCUCUGGAGGGGCUGACCAGAGGCAUGCAUGGCAUCUACGACAUGGAGCACGUGCUGCUCAGCCUGUUCUCCGUGGUGCGCGAUGCCAUCGUCCACGUGCAGAAGAACGAAGGGAAGCUCUCCACAGCUGUCAGUCGGCUCUGUGGCCACGCUCAGCAGAGGCACAUCCGAUCUGCUCAUUAUCCAGAAGACCUUUUCAUUGACAAGAAAGUCCUGAAAGUGACUCACUUUGAGCAAGAAGAAACUUUGUCGAGCAGAAGGAGGGAACUGAUUGCAAAGCUGAAGUCCCACAGCAGUUUUUACAGCAGCUUGCCAGAGUACAUCUGCAACCACAGCUCUGCUGUUCAGAAUGACACCCUUUGCUGGAAUGGACAAGAACUCGUGGAGAGGUACAGUCCCCAGACCACAAGGAAUGGAGCAAAAGCCCAGGCUGGCAACCACGAGGUGAAGGUGAAAGGUCCAGAGCCAGUGAUCAGCCAGAUCAUUGACAAGCUGAAACACAUCAACCAGCUGCUCAGAGGGAUGACUCUGCCCCGUCGAAAAGCUGCAGGAAAAACCACGGAGGAGGAGGAGGAGAGCGGAGACUGCGACGAUGAGGACGAGUGCGGCCGGGGCUCUGGGGAUGGGGAGCUGCGAGUGAGGAACCAGCUGCGCUUCCUAGCAGAGCUGGCCUAUGACCUGGAUAUGGAUGACAUCUCUGCAAAUAAGCAGCUUCUGAACCAGCAAAGCAAAGAUGGUGCUGCAGUCCCCAGCAGCCACCCUGGGAGUGCAGCCACCCACCCCAGUCCUGCUGCUGGCAUUGCCCUGGUCCUCCCUCUGCUGCUGGGCCACCAGCCAUGAGCAGUUCUGGUGCCAUCACUCUGUGUCUCUCCAUGCCUUUUUUUAGUGAGGAAGAUAUUUGGAACCUCUUCUGAAAUAUAUGCACAUGUCCAAAAACAGGACAAAUGACCUGAGUCAGUUUUUCAAGACUCUCCACAGAAAAAAAAAAGCCCAAUCAAAAAAGUGUUGGUUCAUGGCAACUAGUAAAUAUCUAACAGUGCUUUUUAAAGAUAAUCCUGUUUAAUAUAAGCAGGUUCAUAUUAAAUUGUGUUCCUUGCAGUUUUUGAACACUGAGGUCUCCCUUGCUGUUAAGGUGAAGACCAUAUUUCAUUUUGAGUUGUUCAAACAUGCAUGGGGUACAGAACAACUAUGGUUUAUGGAAUACUCUCAGCAAAUAUCAUACCCCUGGUCCUAGUUGACUUAAUUCAGAUUUUUUUCUGUAGUUCAAGCAGGUUUUGUACUUACUCCAAAUUGAAGUGUCCCCCCUGGGAAUCUGGUCAGGACAUAACAGAGAGCAUGUGAAGACAGGGGAGAGAGAAGAUGAGACACGCAGCAGGAGGGAAGAUGUUGUGGAAGAGAAGCUGUCAUGCACUGGAAUUGUGGAGAUGUGCUCCCCUGGGCACAAAGCCCACCUGCAUCAUGGCAAGUUGCAGGUGAUUUUGCUGCUCACCUCCCAGCCAGGUCCUGACAGGUGGCUGAUCCCCACCAGCAUCCUUGUGGCACAUGCAACAACCUGGUUUCAUUCUUCAGAAGUGAAGCACCUCCUUUCCCACGGGAAACCUGCAGACACAGCUCCAGCCAGAGGACAGACAGCAGGGAUGUACACACUGUGCUUUGCAGGGUAACAAUGACUGCCCAACGUGCUGUGCUAUGAGAGGGGAAAAGAAGAGGAUUUACAGCAGCCUGAGGCAGAUGAGACUCUUACUCAUGUGUUUCUUUGCAUGUUCCUUUACGUAAGCUAUCUCUAAAAUAAAGAUUGGUUGCUCUCUCAGUG